CAUACAUAUAUCAUAUGAUUUUAAAAAACAAAAAAUCAAAAAACAGAAAAUCACAGUGAUGUCAAAUGAACCUUUAGUUAAUGGAUUGAUUUCACUUCUAAAUUUAACGUGUUUUUUUUAAAAAAAAAAAAUUAAACAAGGAGAAAAUUGGGAAAAAGCAGACAGGGAAAGUGAAAAUAUAAGGCGGGAGCGCAAAGUUUCCUCAAAAUUUAAAUAACCCCGCGUUUACUCAUUUGCUGACCUCAUAAAAAACACAAGUUUAUAUAAAAACCGACAUAAUCACAUUUCCGUAUCAAAAAAUUUCAUACCCAAAUAAAACUUCCUCUCUUUCACUUUUUCCUUUUUCCCAAAUUACCCUUCUCUAUCUAUCAAAUUUUCCUCAAUACCCCUCCCUCCCUCCCACUCUUCUCUUUCUUACCAGCCAUUGCCAUGGAUCGCAGCGAGCGAAGAUCAGGCAGCGCGCGCAGAAGCUUGAAGCGUAAGCUUGAAGAAGACUUCCAUGAAACUCGUCAAACCAAGCUCGAUCUUUCUUCUACGCAGAAACAACCGAAUCAUCAAGAUCUGAUAGUCGAGAUUAAUUCGUAUGUUCAUCUUCUUCAUCGCUCCUUCUCGUGGUCUGAUUCCGAUCGUGCCGAUUCCAAACGCGCUACUCAUUUUUUCUCCGAACUCGCCAAAAAUGAGGAGUUGGCGAGUUUGAUAGUCGAUUGUGGAGCUGUGCCAGCUUUAGUGAUGCAUCUUCAGUCGCCACCAAACGACGGCGUUUCAAAGCCUCUUGAGCACGAGGUUGAGAAAGGAAGUGCUUUCGCGCUAGGUCUUAUUGCUGCUAAGCCAGAACAUCAACAACUUAUAGUUGACGCGGGUGUUUUGCCUCAUCUUGUCGCUCUUAUAAAAAGGCAUAAAAGUGGCUGUAAUUCUCGAUCUCUCUGUGGUGCUGUAAGAAGAGCAGCCGAUGCUUUAACUAACCUGGCUCAUGAAAAUCAUAGCAUCAAAUCUUGUGUCAGGGUUGAAGGCGGCAUUCCGCCACUUGUUGAACUUUUAGAUUCUACUGAUGUCAAAGUCCAAAGAGCAGCAGCUGGUGCUCUAAGAACACUUGCUUUCAAAAAUGAUGAGAAUAAAAAUCAAAUUGUAGAAUGCAAUGCUUUGCCUACCCUAAUAUUAAUGCUUCGCUCUGAGGACCCAGCUAUUCACUAUGAAGCGAUUGGUGUCAUUGGGAAUUUGGUUCACUCAUCUCCUAACAUAAAGAAAGAUGUUCUCCAAGCUGGUGCCGUGCAACCUGUCAUCAGGCUGCUCAGCUCCUGCUGUUGUGAGAGCCAAAGAGAGGCAGCUUUACUCCUUGGACAGUUUGCCUCUGCUGAUUCAGAUUCCAAGGUACACAUAGUCCAGAGAGGUGCUGUCCCACCUUUGAUCGAGAUGCUCCAUUCACCUGAUGCUCAGCUUAUGGAAAUGUCUGCUUUUGCUCUUGGAAGGUUGGCUCAGGAUUCACAUAAUCAAGCUGGUAUAGUUCAAUGUGGUGGUAUCAUGCCCUUGUUGAAGCUACUUGAUUCAAAAAGUGGUCCCCUACAGCAUAAUGCUGCAUUUGCUUUAUAUGGCCUUGCAGACAAUGAGGAUAAUAUUGCAGAUCUUAUUAAAAUUGGUGGUGUUCAGAAACUCCAGGAAGGGGAAUUUAUAGUUCAGCCAACCAAGGAUUGUGUGACAAAGACUAUGAAGAGAAUCGAAGAGAAGAUCCAAGGAAGAGUACUAAACCAUCUGUUGUACAUCAUGCGGGUUGCUGAUAAACCUGUUCAAAGACGAAUUGCUAUUGCACUUGCUCACCUUUGUUCAUCAGAACAUCAGAGGAGGAUUUUCAUUGACAACAAUGGUUUGGAUUUGCUCCUGGAGCUUCUUGAAUCUUCAGGUAUUAAGCAACAGCAAGAUGGUUCAAUAGCUUUGUACAAGAUGGCUAGCAAAACCAAUAUACUUUCACCAGUUGAUGCUGCUCCUCCAUCACCAACUCCACAGGUGUAUUUGGGUGAGCAAUAUGUAAAUAAUUCAACAUUGUCUGAUGUUACCUUCCUUGUAGAAGGCAGGAGAUUUUAUGCUCACCGUAUAUGCCUUCUUGCCUCUUCUGAUGCAUUUCGUGCAAUGUUUGAUGGUGGUUAUCGGGAGAAGGAUGCUAAAGAUAUAGAGAUUCCAAAUAUAAAAUGGAGUGUAUUUGAGUUAAUGAUGAGAUAUAUAUAUACAGGCUCUGUAAAUGUCAAUUUGGAUGUUGCUCAGGACUUGCUUAGAGCUGCUGACCAGUAUCUACUUGAUGGUCUUAAACGGCUUUGCGAGUAUACCAUUGCACUGGAUAUCUCUGUGGAGAACGUUACACUCAUGUAUGAGUUGUCAGAGGCAUAUAAUGCUGUUUCAUUAAGGCAUAAAUGCAUCUUGUUUAUCCUGGAGCAAUUUGAUAGACUAAGUUCCAAGCCCUGGUACCCUCGCCUAAUUCAGCGCAUUGUACCAGAGAUUCGUGAGUUUUUUGAAAGAGUACUCACAAAGCCUAGUCUUGUUGAAGUAACUGGAGAAUAGAAGAUCCAGUGCUUGUCUAAGUCUUGACUAACCAUUUAGGAUCUGUAAGCACAGAAACAAAAAUUUAGCUUCAUAAUCAUUCUUUGAGCUUGGGGAGCAGAAUUUCGCUUCCAUUCGGUAUAGUAAUCCUUUAGUAUGAUUAAUUAGUGUAAAGCAAUUGCCAUACUUUGGUAAAUUUUCCUUUUAGCCUUGUUUCUCUUAUAAUUUCUACUAUAAUAGCUAUUGUUGAUGUAUAUAUCCUGGUAUUCUUACGAGGGCUGUGACAUUUAAGUAAAAUUUUGGUUUGUAUAUUCUAUGAAGAGUUUGGCCACACAUUGAUUCCUCAUUCCUGAACACUCAUUCUUACUUGAUCAACUGAACAAUAAUAAAACUAUUAUAAUUUAAUUUAAAAUUGCAUAAUUGCACAACAAUUUCACCAAAAUUAUUACUCAUCCUAUUUAGGAGAAACUAACUUGAUUAGGAAAGAAUAAUUUGUCCCUAUAUACAACUAUAGUAACUAAGGAAUAAAUUUUACUUAGCCAAAUUUUGCUAACAAAAUCUCCCUAAUAAACUAGCCUAACCAAUUGGUUGUUGAUGUAGUGGUGAAUUAGGGUUGUAUUUGGUAGGGAGAACUUCGUGUUUAAUCCCUUGCAACAACUAUUAGGAGGGGUUGGAAGCUUACCACCUGGAAUUGAGGCUCGAAUUCGGAUUAGCCCAAAGGGUGAAUGAGGUGGGAUAAAAAAAAAAAAACACCCAAUAAGUAGAACACCAAAUGUCACCCUUGAAUCUUCAGGUAACGCUCGCAUUUAUAAACUAAAGAUGUUCAUAUUCUUGUUUUAAAACUAACUAAAUUUACCUCAACUUACCACUUUCACUCUCCACAAUUAUUUAGGCCCUACUAUUUAGUGGUCCGGCCACCAACAACCAACCGCUCAACCAUCAAGAACCAAAACGUUCAUAAUCAACCAAACAAUUUCAAUUUCGCAAAAUCAAGUUCGUUGGAUCUAAUGGACGACGACGAGGGACCGGGGACACCACACUACGCUCGCCGGUGGCUCGCUGGAGCGUACAGACUCGGUCUGAUUCUUUUUUUUUUUUUUUUUUUUUAAAUUAUAUCUCAAAAA